AUGGGUUACCUCAAACCAUGUUCUGUUUUCUUGUUGUUAGUGUUUUUUGUUGCAUGUGUUAGUGGAGAGGACCCUUAUAGAUUUUAUACUUGGAAUGUUACAUAUGGUGAUAUUUAUCCAUUUGGAAUUCAACAACAGGGGAUAUUGAUAAAUGGACAAUUUCCAGGGCCACAGAUUGAGUCAGUGACAAAUGAUAAUGUGAUUAUCAAUGUUUUCAACAGCUUGGAUGAACCUUUCCUAAUCUCUUGGAAUGGAGUGCUGCAGAGGAGAAACUCAUGGCAAGAUGGAGUGUAUGGUACAAAUUGUCCAAUUCCUCCAGGGCAGAACUUCACAUAUGCUCUUCAAGUAAAAAAUCAGAUUGGUAGCUAUUUCUACUUUCCUUCCCUUGCAUUGCACAAGGCAGCAGGCGGUUACGGUGGUCUCAGUGUCGCUAGUCGACCGAUGAUUCCUGUUCCUUUUGAUCCUCCAUCAGGAGAUUUCACCAUUUUGGCAGGAGAUUGGUACCAAAAAAGUCAUACAGAAUUGAGGGCCAUUUUAGAUAAUGGAAAUAACCUUCCUUUCCCUGAUGGAAUUAUCAUCAACGGUCACGGUUCCAAUCCUAUCACAUUCACGGUUGAUCAAGGCAAGACUUACCAAUUCCGGAUAUCGAACGUGGGACUUACAACAUCAAUAAAUUUCAGAAUCCAAGGGCAUAAAAUGAAGCUUGUUGAGGUGGAAGGAACACACACACUCCAAAACAUUUAUGACUCAAUUGACAUUCAUUUGGGGCAGAGUUAUUCUGUGUUGGUUACUGCUGAUCAACCACCACAAGACUACUACAUUGUUGUCUCAACAAGAUUCACCUCAAAAGUGUUGACUGUUGUAUCCAUUCUUCAUUACAGAAACUCAGAAGGAACUGUUUCUGGUCCUUUUCCUCUUGGGCCAACAAUUGAUACUGAAUGGCCCAUUGAACAAGUUCGGUCUAUUAGGGGGAAUCUAACAGCAAGUGGACCAAGACCAAAUCCACAAGGAACGUACAAAUAUGGAAUGAUAAACACAACACGAACAAUAACACUUCAAAAUUCAGCUCCAAUUAUAAAUGGGAAACAAAGAUAUGCUAUCAAUAGUGUAUCAUUUAUCCCUAGUGAUACACCAUUGAAAUUGGGUGAUUACUUCAAAAUCCAAGGAUUGUUCUCACUUGGAAGUAUUUCGGACAACCCCACCGGUGGCGACGGUUAUCUUCAGACUUCGGUAAUGGCGGCCGAUUAUCGAGCUUAUGUGGAAAUAGUGUUUCAUAAUCCUGAAGACACUUUGCAAUCAUGGCACAUUGAUGGUCACUUCUUCUUUGUAGUAGGGAUGGAUAUAGGACAAUGGUCACCUGCAAGCAGGCUAAGCUACAAUUUAAUAGAUGCAAUUUCUCGUUGCACUGUUCAGGUGUAUCCAAAGUCAUGGACUGCACUAUACAUGCCAUUGGACAAUGUAGGAAUGUGGAAUGUGAGGUCUGAGAAUUGGGCUAGACAGUAUUUGGGCCAGCAAUUUUAUCUUAGAGUCUAUUCCUCGGCAAAUUCAUGGAGAGAUGAGUACCCAAUUCCACUCAAUGCACUUCACUGUGGCAAGGUGGUGGGACUCUAAAAUUAGGAUUUAUGUUUAAUUAGGGUAAUUCAUUUUUUAUAUUUAAUGAUAA